UUGGUGUGAUUUUUAUUCUAAAUAUGAGGACAAUGAGAGCUGGGGAAGCGCAGACAGUCUUCAGUGUAUGAGCUGGAUGCCAGUGAUUGAAAAGGUUCUUUCUGUUCCACGUGGUUUAAAGGUUUUCCCGCCUUUGGGAGUAGCGCAUCACAGCGAUAUAAUCUGUCGGAUAAUUGUAUGAAGUGUAAGCUCUGUAGGGGAGUAACACCCACCUUGAUACAGCAGCAAGGGUUAAAUGAGACGUCUCAGCCGGGAAGUGAGGGCGGGGCCAACGCAAGUUCAAGUCCUCAUCCCAAAAAAAGCCAGAGAGCCGCCUCUCUCCCACUCCCCGUUAUUGCAGCAGCGGCGGCACAGCUUCCCGGGCGGAGGGAUACGACGGGAGUCCGCUGUUUAGAGCGUCCCUCCGGAAGGGGAAAUAGCGGGAAAGCCACACGACCACCUGCCCCUGCAGAGGGAGCCACACAACAGCCCCGGGCAGCGGUUGUCAUGGUAACCAAGGGCUGCUGCAGGCCGGAGACACGACCCCGGGGCGGAGGCACCAGUCACUGACCCCACUAGAGAAGGAGGAAAAAAGGGGCAUCCAAAGACAGAAAAAGGGGUCGGGCAUUACAGAAGGACAAAACUAAGGAUGGAGGACGGCAUUUGCAGCUAUAGCAGCAGCCUCUAUGACACCUCCUCCCUCUUCCAGUUCUGCAACGAUGACAGUGCCUCUGCUUCAAGCAAUAUGGAGGUGACUGAUCGCAUUGCUUCCCUGGAGCAACGAGUACAGAUACAAGAAGAUGAGAUCCAGCUGCUAAAGUCGGCAAUUGCUGAUGUGGUUAGAAGACUAAAUAUCUCUGAAGAACAACAUGUGCUGCAGAAUAGGAAGGGACCCACCAAAGCAAGACCUCUGGUUCAAACACUUCCUCUAAGAAAUGCUGUUAAUAGUGAAUCCAUCUUACCAAAGAAGCCAAGUGGGUCUUUGCCUUCCCCUUCAGGGAUCAAGAAAGAUAUUGUUCCGCUAGCAUCCAAAAGCAAAUCUGUACGUCUUUUGAAUUCGUGUAAAUUAUCUAAACCUUCAACAAGUAAUGUCAAGAGAACGAAUUCUAUUGAGCGUAUCUCUCCUGGAGUGAGAAGGGAAAGUUCUGGAGAUGCCAAAGGUGGCCGUAAUCGUGCAGGCUCAACGAGCAGUUCAUCCAGUGGAAAAAAAAAUAGUGACAGCAAACCCAAGGAACCCAUGUUCAGUGCAGAUUCACUGGAAGGUAGAGAAUCUUCAAGGGUGGAUAACUCUGUGAGUCUAAGGGGGUGGGGAAAUGGUCCCUGCAAGCACAGACAGACUAUCAUACCUGUGGAAUCAGAGGAAGGCUAUGUAAAAAUGUUCCUGAGAGGACGUCCUGUUGCCAUGUAUAUGCCCAAAGAUCAAGUGGACACUUAUAGUUUGGAGGCAAAAGGUGAACUGCCAGCUAAAAGGCUUAAGCUGGAAUGGGUAUAUGGCUACCGGGGACGAGACUGCCGCAGCAACUUGUACCUUUUGCCUACAGGAGAAACUGUAUAUUUUAUUGCUUCUGUAGUUGUGUUAUAUAAUGUUGAAGAGCAGCUGCAAAGACAUUACACUGGCCACACAGAUGACGUCAAGUGCCUCGCUGUCCAUCCAGAUAAAAUUACUAUAGCAACAGGCCAGGUUGCCGGUACAUCUAAGGAUGGGAAACAAUUGGCACCACAUGUUCGCAUUUGGGAUUCUGUUACACUGAAUACCUUGCAUGUCAUUGGAAUGGGCUUCUUCGAUCGUGCGGUUACCUGUGUUGCAUUCUCUAAAUCUAAUGGAGGAGGGAACCUGUGUUCUGUGGAUGAUUCCAAUGACCAUGUACUGUCUGUUUGGGAUUGGCAAAAAGAAGAAAAGCUGGCUGAUGUUAAGUGCUCAAAUGAAGCUGUGUUUGUUGCUGACUUUCAUCCAACGGAUACAAAUGUUAUAGUGACUUGUGGCAAGUCUCAUCUUUACUUUUGGACAUUAGAAGGAAAUUCUUUAAAUAAAAAGCAAGGAUUAUUUGAGAAACAGGAAAAACCAAAGUUUGUGUUAUGUGUAACCUUUUCAGAAAAUGGCGAUACAAUUACAGGAGACUCUAGUGGAAACCUUUUGGUCUGGGGAAAAGGUACCAACAGGAUAACACAUGCAGUUCAAGGAGCCCACGGUGGUGGGAUUUUUGCACUUUGUAUGCAGCGAGAUGGAACAUUAGUAUCUGGAGGAAAAGACCGAAAUCUUGUGUCGUGGAAUGGAAAUUAUCAACAACUAAAUAAAGUCGAGAUUCCAGAACAGUUUGGUCCAGUACGUACUGUUGCUGAGGGAAAAGGAGAUGUUGUGCUUAUUGGCACAACAAGAAAUUUUGUUCUUCAAGGCACUUUAUCUGGGGAAUUCAACACUAUUACCCAGAGUCAUACCGAUGAGCUCUGGGGACUUGCUGCACAUGCACUGAAGCAUCAGUUCCUGACCUGUGGUCAAGACAAGCAAAUUACAUUAUGGGAUGCCACCAGCCAUCAUCCUCUUUGGACCAAGAUCAUUGAGGAUCCAGCACAAUCCUCAGGGUUUCAUCCUAACGGUUCUGUUGUAGCAAUAGGAACACUAACUGGAAGGUGGUUUGUUUUAGACACAGAAACAAAAGAUUUAGUCACUGUGCAUACAGAUGGCAAUGAGCAGUUGUCUGUCAUGUGUUACUCACCAGAUGGGAAUUUUCUUGCAAUUGGUUCCCAUGACAACUACAUCUAUAUAUAUGCUGUUAAUGAGAACGGAAGAAAAUACAGUCGAAUUGGGAAAUGCUCAGGGCAUUCCAGUUUCAUUACUCAUUUGGACUGGUCUGUGAAUUCGCAGUAUUUGAUGUCCAAUUCUGGAGACUAUGAAAUCUUGUACUGGAUUCCCUCAGCCUGCAAGCAAGUAGUAAGUGUGGAAACAACCAGAGAUCUUGAGUGGGCCACGCACACAUGCACUCUUGGCUUCCAGGUGUUUGGAGUUUGGCCCGAGGGCUCUGAUGGAACCGAUCUUAAUGCCAUAUGCAGAUCCACGGAUAAGAAACUUUUGGCUACUGGGGAUGAUUUUGGCAAAGUGCAUCUCUUCUCUUUUCCAUGCUCACAAUUCCGGGCUUCUGGUCAUGCUUAUGGAGGGCACAGCAGCCAUGUUACAAAUGUCAGCUUUUUAUGUGACGAUCGUCAUCUAAUCUCUACGGGCGGAAAGGACAUGAGUAUAAUGCAGUGGCGUGUUAUAUAAAGAGUAUUGGUACUGUGGGCACGCAUUGGACUGUACCAAACAGUGUCUCAGAACUCUUUGUUAAAAAUCAAACUCAGGAACAAUCCUCUUUAUACUGGUGUCCUGCGCUGACAAAUCCGUGUGUCACGUCUGCUUUCAAUGGGGGGCCAUCUAUACUUAGAAUUGUUUCAAAUAUGCAUUACAUUAUCAAAUACAAAAGCUUAAAGGUUUCCAUUGCAUUCGUGCGUAAUGUUGAAUGUCUAAUGUACUGUAAAUUGUGUUAAAACAAAGAGCCUGGGUACAUUGUGAAA